AUGAGAAAGAAAGAAAGAAAGAAAGAAAGAAAGAAAGAAAGAAAGAAGGUGAAAGAAAGAAAGAAAGAAAGAAAGAAAGAAAGAAAGAAAGAAAAAAAAAGAAAGAAGAAAGAAAGAAAGGAAAGAAAGAAAGAAGUUGUUGUUGUUGAGAAAGAAAGAAAGAAAGAAAGAAAGAAAGAAAGAAAGAAAGAAAUAGAUAUAAGGCAGUGCAAUGGGCCCGUAUUAAUUCUCAUGGCCAUGAACAGUAACUGGGAGCCUCCUGGAAUCAGAAUACUACUGGUCUUGCCACAGUUCUGA